CUUCACACAGGAAAGUCUUAACGCAAUGAAAUACACUCUUUCACUUGUGUUGGUGGCUGCCAUGGUGGCUUGCGUCCUGGGAAGUCGCAGUAGCUAUGGUGGCUAUGGAGGAGGUUAUGGUGGCUACGGAGGAGGCUAUGGUGGCUACAGAGGAGGCUAUAGUGGCUACGGAGGAGGCUAUGGUGGCUACGGAGGAGGCUAUGGUGGCUACGGAGGAGGCUAUGGUGGCGGCUAUGGAGGCGGUUAUGGUGGCUAUGGAAGAGGGUAUGGAGGAGGUUACAGAGGAAGCUAUGGAGGCUACGGUGGUGGAUAUGGAUACGGCAAGUGAGGACUACAAUAAUAAACCAAGAAACUACACACAUAUUCUCCCUAA